AUGGUAAACUGCCGCGAACUGCGUGGCUGUGUGCUUGCAAGUGGCUCCAUUGUGGAGGUGGGCAAAGCUGCGGCGGAGCUGCGGUUCAUUACUGCCCGGUUCCGGCUACCAUUGAGUGUGAACGAGCCGCAUCCGUCUGGCGCGGCCGCGGCUGCGGUCGGCGCCGCCGGCGCAUCCGGCUCCCAGCCAGGGCUUGAACGCCGGCCGACGGACGGGGCCGCGUCAGCCAUGACUGCGCCGGACCGCCGAUCGGACGUGCCGGCACGGCUGCUGGGCCGUCCGCGCUCCGUGGUGUUGCUUUUUGUGGUGGUGCUGCUCCUGAUUGCUUGGUGUCGACCGCUCGGCGCCGCGCCAGCCUCCCGGUCAGAUGUCAGCAACAGCAGCACCAGGCCGGCGACGACAGUGGCGGUGACCAGCGCGGCGUCGGAGACGGGCCGGUCCCACCGCCCGACGCCCAGUCAUGCGGGCCGAGCGUCGCCCACUUCGGUGUCGGUGCCAAACGUGACUGAGUACUCAGACCCGCUGUUCAGACCGUACGACCCGAACCGACUCUAUCCCCACGUGCGCUACUUUGAGGUGGGCAAGGUGGACUUCGAGCACGUGCGCGCGCCGUUCGUGAUCGGGUGUUGGAUUCUAAUCGCCGGACUCGCCAAAAUGGCAUUUCACAGCGUUCCACAGCUGUCUAGGAUGGUUCCCGAGUCGUGUCUGCUCAUCGGACUUGGCAUCGGGGUCGGUGCGUUCCUGUAUGCGUGCCUUGGUGAUAUUGAAGCCUCACAUCAUCUUGAUCCGGACACAUUCUUCCUCUACAUGUUACCGCCAAUCAUCCUGGACGCUGGCUAUUUCAUGCCGAACAGACUGUUUUUCGAUAAUCUCGGCACGAUCCUUCUACUGGCUGUCGUCGGAACCGUCUUCAACACGUUCGCUAUCGCCGGCGGCCUGUACGUGGUCGGCCUGUCAGGCGUGUACGGCGUGGAGACCUCGCUGCUGGACAUCUUUAUCUUCUCGGCGCUAAUUUCGGCCGUGGACCCAGUGGCUGUUCUGGCCGUCUUUGAAGAAAUCCAGGUGAAUGAAGUGCUCUACAUUCUUGUGUUCGGCGAGAGUCUGCUGAAUGAUGCUGUCACUGUCGGUCUGUAUCACAUGUUCGAGGAGUACAUGAUACUCGGCCACAGCGCCUUCCGCAUGACUGACAUCGGUAAAGGCUUUGUGAAGUUCGCUUCUGCAGCCGUCGGCGGCACCUUUAUCGGGGUCAUUUGGGGUUUCAUAACGGCAUUCCUGACCCGAUUCACUCAUAAGGUGCAUGUCAUGGAGCCGAUCUUUGUUUUCACCAUGCCGUUCUUAGCUUAUCUUAACGCCGAGAUGUUUCAUCUCUCGGGCAUACUCUCUAUUACAUUUUGUGGUCUCACUAUGAAAAACUAUGUCAUAACCAAUGUGUCAGCCAAGUCACACACAACUAUAAAAUACAUGAUGAAGAUGUUGGCCUCAUGCUCAGAGACAGCUAUCUUCAUGCUGCUGGGCGUAGCUACGGUACACAAUCACCAUGACUUCAACUUGGUGUUUGUGCUGGCCACCAUCAUCUUCUGCGUGCUCGUACGUUCCAUCGGCGUGGUGAUCCUCGCGUCACUCGCCAACCGCCUGAGGCUGCGGCCCAUCGCCGUCGUGGACAUAUUUGUGCUGGCCUACGGCGGUCUUCGUGGUGCCGUUGCUUUCGCGCUCGUGAUGCUCAUCGAUCCGCACUAUGUUAAAGAACAGCAAAUGUUUCUCACGACCACUAUCAGUGUCGUCUACUUCACGGUCUUCUUCCAGGGUAUGAGCAUCAAGCCACUGGUGCAGCGUCUCGGCGUUGAGCGCGCCAAUAAGCGCAAGCUAACGAUGAACGAGCGAAUCCACGAGAGGGCUCUCGACUACCUGAAGGCCGGUGUGGAGACAAUCGUUGGUCACCCAUUCAGUUACAACGUACGCCAGCGUUUCAAGCAAAUAAAUCACCGUUACCUAUUACCGUGCCUGACCCGCAGCAAUCACACUCGCGCGCGCGACCCCAAGAUCAUGGAGACGUUCAGCAAACUCGUCAUGGUCGACGCCAUGCAGAAUUUUAACGACAUCACCAACAUUGGCGGUCCGGGCGGCCAGCAUCUCUGCUCAAGCAGCACUACAGGUUCCAGGUCGGAUUCUGACGAUAGUCCGAUGCCGAAAGACGGGCGGCCCGUCAUAUCACCGCCGCCACCCACGCCGCCGCCGGGGCCGCCGCCGCGCCGCUUUAGCUACAGGCGUCACGUGACCGGGGAUGAGCCGCUGCCGAACCCAGUGCUGACGGCGCUGGACCAGUUGCACAUGACCCAGGACAUGGACGCGCGCCGUCUGCUGCAGGCCAACGGACGCGGCAGCGGCCGCCGCCACUCGCUGGUGCUGGGUCGGCGUCGGAUAGGCAGCGAACCGAGCCGGGACCGUCAGCUCACAGAGGCACCCCAGGCCGACAGGAGAGGCAGCGGCGGCCACGGCCUACAGUACACCCGGCUCUGAGACCAGAUUCAAUGCGUCGGCAAACACGGUCAGGCUUCAGGAAAAUGUUGGUCAUGUAGUUGGUGUGUAACAAGAUUCUACAAACCAUCGCUAACUCACAUAACGAUGGCACCAGUUUUUUACCAAUGCGUCGAGCAUGUUGCGAGCACAAACUCAGUGGAGUGAAAUUGUUUUUUUCAGUGCGUGUGCAAGGAGCAUUUGUUCUUUAACCCGCGCAUGACUUGAGUAUUUUCCAUAACGCGAGUGACUGGGAAGGGGGGGGGCAUGCAGAGCCCCCUCCUAUCUCCUUAAUAACUGGGUCGAUCGUCCAAGUUCAAACGGUGUCUCAUAGCCCUGGAAACACUGUCGAGGGAAACCUAUUUUCAUUUAUCUCGAGGUCACCGAUGACGUCACAGGUCAGGUCAAAGUAAACAUAGCAUUUUGGCUUGUUUAAAUUUGGGCUCUGGCCACCGUCUAACAAGUCCGAUCAGGCUCAUUUUUUGGUUUACGCAAUUCUUGAUAUAUGCCUUAGAUACCCUGAGAGUAUCGAACUUACACCUAAAAUUGUUCAGGUCAAGGCCAGGUCAUCCUACGUCACGUAAAUUUUAUAUCAUGUUUCGGUCACGUGACGCAUGUUUUAUGGUUCAUUCAUUCACAGUUUAAUAUCGUGUGAGCCAUAUGAAGUCAAUUUCAGCUGCAUUUAGCUGAGGUUAAGUCACUUUCAGGCACAAAAUCUUUAAUUUUGAAAAUGACAUGUUUCAACAAAAAAGUUGGCUUUCAGAUGCAGUUCGAGCUCAGGAACACGAUGGUGCUAUUUGUAUUACUGUGCGAUGUCAAAAACGUACUGGAAAAUGACUUUCAAAAACAUAAAAUUGUUUAAUUCUGACUAUAGUGCGUAUAACUAAGCCAUUUUUGAAGAUAUUGGGCUACAAUGUUCUAGGGUAGUUCAUCAAUGGGUGCAUUAUCAAAUAUAUUCCGUUUCUUUUAAGUCAAAAAAGUUCUUUAAAAAAAUAAUUGUAUAAGUAUAUUUCCAUAAGUUUUAAAAUUUUGAAAAUCCGAGAUAGCAGUUUAAUAGCCAAGUAGAGCCCCCCAGUCAUUCGCGGGUUAAGAAUCUUUGUGUAUGACAUCUCCUUGAAAUUGUAUGCCGAGUGAAAUAUGUAUUUAACAAAAAGUCAAAUGCAGAAAUGAUGAGUUUUAGAUAACGCUUUUUUGUCAAAUCACAUUAAAAUUAAAAAAAAAGUUUCAUUUUGGAUGUGAAUUUGGGCAUUCCACGAUAGAUCGACCAAAGCCGUACACCCUCACAUGUUAUUUUCUGCUUAAAUUGGUGUAUGUGGUGGUGAUGGGCGGGGAAACCAUCUGUGGCAGGGAAUUUUUCUUCAAACAACGGUUUCCGAGACAUAGCCUCGGGCAACUCCCGGAGGUUAUGCUGCAACCCUAUAUUUGGCAGCUUAUAACUCAGAACCUAUUGAUUUUCUAUGGGGAUAUUAUAGCCGUUUUCACGACGGCCAUCUGGUACACGUUUGGUGCAUAUUUGGUGCAGAUUAGGUGCAGAUUUGGUCAAAUCAGG